CAUUAACUUUAGCUAUGGUGCUUAAAUAAUAAAUAAUUAAAAUAUACUUAUUGGUUACAGAGGUAUAUAAUGAAGUGUAUUAUGAAGAAUAUUUUGUUUUGGGCGAUGUUGGUCAACGGUCUAUCGAUACCCUCGACCACGGUAGAACUACUGGAGAUAAGAAGGAGCCGCCCCGGCUCGGUACUCGGACUGGAGAUAAGGAGAAUCCGGCCCGGCUCGGGACCCGGACAAGAGAUAAGAAGCCUGCCCGGCUCGGGACUCGGAAAAGAGAUGAGGAGAAGCCGCCCCGACUCUGCACUCCGACAAGAGAUAAUGAGAAGCCGGCCCGACUCGGGACUGGGACUGGAGAUAAGGAGGAUCUGGCCCGACUCGGGACUCGGCCAAGAGAUAAGGAGGAUCCGGCCUGGCUCGGGACUCGGACAAGAGAUAAGGAGAAGCCUGCCCGGCUCUGGACUCAGACAAGAGAUAAGGAGAAGCCGGCCCGGCUCGGGACUCGGACUGGAGAUAAAAAGGAGCCGGCCCGGCUCGAGACUCAGGCAAGAGAUAAGGAGGAGCCGGCCCGGCUCGAGACUCGGACAAGAGAUAAGGAGGAGCCGGCCCGGCUCGGGACUCGGACUGGAGAUAAAAAGAAGCCGGCUUGGCUCGGGACACAGCGCUCGCAGAGGAUACGAUUCGGACAUGAAUAAUUUUAUGAAAAAGAUGUUCAGCGGCAUGCCACAAUCGUUGGUCAACAACAAACCAGUCGCCGAAGAGAAGCAGGGGCCGAACUUGGGCUACAUGCCGUACUGGUACAACCAGAAAUCGAGCGUAGACUGGGAUUACGGGAUGGGGAAGGACUCCUGGAAAGGCAUCUGGGGCGGUGGCAAUAUGUCGCUGCUGGCCGGCGACAACAUCGUCCUGGGCGCCGCCAGUCUGUUGGACGCCGACAUUGAGCAGGUCACCAACCGCAUCUGCUCCCGCAACCUGGGCCCCAAGUGCACCAUGCUGGGAAUGCAACCCGAAAACUACGACGACGAAACGCUGGAAGAGAUCGCAAAUAAAACGCAAGGCUGCGACAAAUGCACCAAUGAUACACAAAGGGUUGGGGUUGUAUGUACAUUUGAUCCGACAGACUCGGUUUACCAAGAAAUUGAUAAGUGCUCAAUGGAGAAGAUAAACUGCAUCGGCGGCGGCGUCGCGGUUGUCAAGUCGACACGUGAACAGGAGAUGAACUGGAGUAAAAUCCCGUUCGCCACCAAGCCGGGCUCGGUUGUUAUUUCGAUCCGGGGUAGCCAUAACGCCGUCCUCUCCGUUCGCGAAAACUUUCAUGGAGAUGAAAAAGACAUGGUGAUCCUCGACGGCUUGAUUACAAACAAGACACGCUUACAGAGCGGGUUUUAUGGAAAGACUAUGUAUAACCCCGAUAACAGCUCCCGCGGGCUCGGCGGGCCUGGAGCCUGGAAGGAGUACCUCUUGGUUGCGCACCCGAGCUCCGGCUUGUUCAUAAUGUCGCAGGCGCGCCAGUACGCCUGGGAUAGUCACUUCUACCUCAAUGACACGUUCCCCGCCCCCUGGGAAUUCAAGUACAUCGACGUGGCGGGUGAAAAAAGUGAUAUAACCUUCAUAAUCCAAGGUGUGUACACGAGCGCGGCUGCUAUUUAUUGUGAUAUAACCUUCAUACUCCAUGGUGUGUACACGAGCGCGGCUGCUAUGUAUUGUGAUUUAACCUUCAUACUCCAUGGCGUGUACACGAGCACGGCUGCUAUGUAUUGUGAUUUAACCUUUAUACUCCAUGGUGUAUACACGAGCGCGGCUGCUAUGUAUUGUGAUUUAACCUUCAUACUCCAUGGUGUAUACACGAGCGCGGCUGCUAUGUAUUGUGAUUUAACCUUCAUACUCCAUGGUGUGUACAGGAGCGCGGCUGCUAUGUAUUGUGAUUUAACCUUCAUACUCCAUGGUGUGUACACGAGCGCGGCUGCUAUGUAUUGUGAUUUAACCUUCAUACUCCAUGGCGUGUACACGAGCGCGGCUGCUAUGUAUUGUGAUUUAACCUUCAUACUCCAUGGUGUGUACACGAGCGCGGCUGCUAUGUAUUGUGAUUUAACCUUCAUACUCCAUGGUGUGUACACGAGCGCGGCUGCUAUGUAUUGUGAUUUAACCUUCAUAUUCCAUGGUGUGUACACGAGCGCGGCUGCUAUGUAUUGUGAUUUAACCUUCAUAUUCCAUGAUUUACCACGAAAGCUCCAGUUGAUCAACGAGGGCAGGUGCCAGCCGCCCGCACUGCGGGACGACUUCCCGACGGACACGGAGGAGGUGAAUAAGAGGACGCGGGACGUCGAGGAGGCCUACCACAAACGUGUGCGCGCCGCUGGCGUGAGCCCUCAGGACUGGUCCGCGCAGGACGGGCCCUACAUCGAAUACCCCCAAAGCUUCUACGACAAUUUGUAA